AUGCCGCCCAGAAUAGAUCUGUUACAACGGCUAGGCACAGUCAAUUUGUGCCUACGACCGUCAACGACACCAACGACACAGGCCUUCCUCCCGCUCGUCCAAAAGGCCAAUCUCUCCCUUCGCGAGAAGAAGAAGAAGGCGAAGCAGGACCCCUACAAGUGGGCGCAGGCCCAGCAGCGCAAAGCCGCCAACCUCAAGCGACAGGAGGAGCUCCAGAAGCAGCGGGACGAGGCAUGGGGCGACCCCGUCCGGGGCAGGACGACGCCGUUCCUCGAGUCCCUGGACUCGGCAGGCCAGAGCCCGGUGAGCGCAGUGCGUAAGGACGCGAGCGGGAACCCCCUCGAGGAGGCCAGGGAGCUGCCCACGACGCCCGGCCUGCGCAACCACUUCCUCACCGACGCCGAGCUCGAGGAUGCCGUCAAGCACGCCUACGCCCUGACGAAGCCCAUGGUCGGAGUCGUUGGAUCGCAAAUGGACCCCACCACGGAGGAGGAGAGGAAGCAGGCACACACCCAGAAGCACCAGAAAGCCGUCGAGGCCCUGCGGAGGAUCACGUCCCUGAGCAACGGCAGCGCGCGGGACCGCUUCCACGCCAACGUCCGGCGCAUCAUCGACGAGUUUGGGCGCCACAACACGGAUAAGCACCUCAAGCCCAAGCCGCAGUCCAUCUCGCCCAACACAACGCCGAUGCCAGGACGUGCCGGUCCCGACACUGGCAGCUCCGAGGUGCAGAUUGCCAUCCUGACGGCCAAGAUCAGGUCGUUGUCAGAGGCGCUGGCGAUCAACCGAGGCUACAAAGACAAGCACAACAAGAGGAACCUGAGGUUGCUUGUACACCGGCGCCAGAAGUUGCUGCAGUACAUGGAGCGUAAGGAGAGGGGCAGUGAGAGGUGGACAAACAUGCUUGAGAAGCUGGGUCUCACUCCGGCGACGUGGAAGGGACAGAUCGAUCUGUGA